GGAUAGUUUACAGUAUUUAGCGGGCAGCGAGGGAGCGUGGGAUCUGAGGACGGUUUAAGUGAAGCCUCUUUGUUUCAUUGUAUGAGAUCGUGGGCAGCGCCAGGACCUGCUGCUAGAAAUUAACGCCUUGGGGCGUAUAUACCCACCCCGGACAGACUGGAAAGGUGGAGAUGGCAAACGCCAGCUGCCCUGUUAUCAGCCUAGUUCUGAUUCCAAGAGUUCUAUUUAGAAAAGUUUAUGGAAUUUUUUAAUUGUUGUUUUCCACCUUCUCUUAUAUUAGAAAGUUGACAUCCUCUCCUUAACAACAAAUAUCCUCUCGUAGACUUUCCAUUGCUGACUGAGUGGAUCACACCACCUGUUGGGCUUAACGCUGAUCGGCACUACCAAAUUAUAUCACCGUUUUGGUACUAAAAGGAUUUGUGAGCCCUCACCCUGACACCUUUAGCAUUAUGUGUCUUUGCUGCCGCUUGGACGUGGGUUUCUUCACGGUGAAGUCUGAAAUAGUUUAUCUGGACGCUAACGCCUCGGCCUUAAUACCAGCUCCCCUUUAUGUCUAGUUCAGGCAUUCAGACAGAUGUUUUAUGAUGGACAGCUACAAGGUACUGAAAGUUAUUGGGGAAGGUUCAUUUGGCAGAGCACUUUUGGUCCAAGCUCGUAAUGAAAAUCGUCAAUAUGUGAUGAAAGAAAUUCAUCUUUCAAAGAAUCCUACAGGACUACAGCAAUCAAGGAGAGAAGCCAUACUCCUUGCCAAAAUGAAGCAUCCCAACAUAGUUGCAUUUGUGGACUCAUUUGAAGUUGAAGGGCAUCUCUAUAUAGUCAUGGAAUAUUGUGAUGGUGGCGAUCUCACACAGAAACUUCUGCAGCAAAAAGGAAAACUAUUCCCAGAAGAAAUGGUACUGAAUCUGUUUGUACAAAUCUGUCUUGGAAUGAAGCACAUUCACGACAAACGAGUUCUACACAGAGAUAUUAAAGCCAAGAAUAUUUUCCUCACUAAAAUUGGAGUGGUUAAGCUGGGAGACUUUGGAUCUGCUCACCUUCUGAACAGCCCCAUGGCUUUUGCUCAUACCUACGUUGGAACACCGUACUAUGUAUCUCCAGAAAUCUGGGAGAAUAAGCCAUACAAUAAUAAAAGUGACAUCUGGGCCUUGGGAUGUGUCCUGUAUGAAAUCUGUACCCUGCGACAUCCUUUCCAGUCUAAUAGUUGGAAGAAUCUCAUACUGAAGAUCUGUAAAGGCUCUUACUCUCCAAUCCCAAGGCAUUACUCUUAUGAACUACAUUAUAUCAUAAAACAAAUGUUCAAAAGAAACCCGAAGGACCGCCCUUCUAUUAACACCAUUCUUGCUAGGCAUUGCUUUUCUAAGCUAAUUAGCAAUUUUUUAUCACCUGAGAUGAUGAAAGAGGAGUUUAGUGAACUGACAGCAAAAAAAAAAUCUGCACAACCCAAGCAAAAGAAAGUACAGAAAGCCGGUAUAUCAAGUAUGUGUGAAGAACUGUCCUCCUGUGCUGGUGGAAGCGGGGGAAACAAGGAGACUUCAGAGGUACUUCCAGAUAUUCAGAAGUGGAAUCUGGCCGAAGGCGAAAACAUUGCCAAGAGCCUGGCGCAAAAGACACUGGAAGAGACAGCUUCGCAAAUGGAAGCAACGCCAAAGGGAAACCAAGUGAUAAUUCGGAGUAGCAAAGCCUCCAACGUGCAUGCUCGAAAGGAGUGGAAUGAAUUCCGUCCAGACACAGUGUUAGGGAUCCUUGAAAAUGUGCCGCUGUCAUCCAGUGUCCCCGCUGAGGAAGUUAGCUGUGGUGACAGCGUGACGGUUUAUCCUAAACCCAAUCUGCGAAAGCAAUGGAACCAAGAGCCUCCUGAGACAAUAAUGAAUUUCUUGCAAAAUAUUAACGUCAACUUGGCUUCUAAGACGUACACGGUAAAUAAAGGAGUGUCAGGAACCUAUCACGUUGGCCCACUCUCAGCUGACACCGGAAAGGCUGAUGACGUUGAUGGUGAAAUAGAAACUACUGAGGUGGAUCCAGACAGAUUUGAACCCAGAUCUGAUGAUGAAGACACGGACUUUGAAGAAGCAGACAAGCCAGACUGGGUGGAUGAAAUGAAGAGGCUGCUGGAGAAUAAUCUUUAAUGAAAAUGUUAUUUUCUUUUUCAAUUAAAUCCUAUUAGUCAUCAGGUGUACAUUGUUAGCCAAAUGCCUGGUUGAAAUCCAUAAAGAAAAUUGGGCUCAAAACACAGAGGAUUAGUAGUCUUCUAAUUUUUAGUUAGUAAUUAAAGUUUGUUUAACUUUUUAUUUUAAUAAGCAAAUCCCUGUUGAAUCUUAAGAUGUUGAGAAUCAUUUCCCUGCAAUAAUGGUAGUCAGUUUAUUAACUUAAACUGAAUGUUCUCUGGAAAAGCUGUGAAUUAAAGGCAAUAUUGAUCUUAUGAAUUCCACUUCUCACUGCACUCUUCGACUUUUCACCUCAUUGACCAACAAUACUAAGAAUUUGUUUUCUGCCCUUGAAAGAUAUCUCCCUCUUACCCUUUGCUCCUAAUUAGCCCUAUCUCUCUGAUCUGUUACAGGUGCCAGAAACUUCAUUCUUCUUUACUCUGUGUUCUCUGUGUACUGGUUUUGAUUGUUUGCUCUUUUCCAAAGCUGCAUUGCUACCUGGGCCUCCUGCAGAAGGCACAGUCUUGAGUACUCACACAAGACACUGGAGCAAUAUCUUAAUGUUGUUUUUAUUUAUUCCGAAUAAAGGUUGUUUGUAUAAAAGGAACUUCAGGAAAUGAAUAUACUUGGUGGAUUAAAAAAAAUGCAUCAGCGAGAGAAAAAUUAAUUAACACAAGGUUCUGCAGAUGCUGCCAAAAUAGCGAAGGAACUCAGCAGGCCAGAUAGCAUCUAUGGAAAUGAGUAAAGAGUCAACACUUCUUCAGCCUGAAACAUUGACUCUUUAUUCCUUUCCAAAGAUACUGCCUGACCUGCUGAGUUCCUCCACUGUUUUGUGUGCAGCAUGGGGGAAAUGAGGCUGGCUUUAUUUGGUUUUCCUAUAUAUAUUUCCAUGAAAUAUGGGGAAUGUCACAUGCCAGUCUUUCAACCAUCCGGGGGUAUUGUACUUAACAUCUAAUCUACAAUUACAGGAAACUAUCCUUGUUUCCAAGAAGAAAAAUCUGUAAAAAGGGAUAAAAUUAAAAGUCAUCAAUGCAGUCAUGGACAUAUCAAAAAGUUGCCAGAGAAAAUAAAUCCACUAUUUAGACAUUUUAUUUUCCAAAUCAACAAUGUAUUAUUGCCCAUUAGCAGGAGUAUUUAUUGGACUACAUUAGUAACUUCUUAUGGGAGGAAAUACUGGUUCACUUGAAAUUACUUUUAGUGCUGUGCUGGUGAAAUUUACUUUGUAAUCACGUGCCAAAUGUUAUUCUCAUUUUGGAACACAAUUCAAUGCUCUUCAUUAAAAUGAAUUAUUACA